AUGCCGCAAGGCGCCGUGGAGAAAGGAGCCAACCUCCCGACCCACACCCUGGUAACCCCCGUGUCUAAGAAGCCCCCGGAUAACAGCCGCUGGGAAGUGACAACGGCAUGGGCAGCGACCAAGUCCAAAACGGUGCUAAUCCACCAAGCCGUACAUCUCGCACAUAUCCCCGCAGCUCAAGCACACAUCGUGCCGGUCCGGGGUAUUUGCAGCCGCAUCGUCGUGCCUGAGGGCAGGGCAGCGCCAUUCCUGCCGCAAACGUGCAGCAAUCGCCACGGCCUGUCCACGUACGACUAUUCGAUCCCGCGAAACGAUGGCAGCAUCAUCGUGGGCGGGGGGAAGUCCAAGUUCUAG